CUCUCGGCCGAGCUGCCCGCCGGCUGGCUGUGACCGAGCGGACCCUCUCCAUGUUUCGUGUUGAUCUUUGCAGACGCUUCCUGCGCUGUUCUGGUACCGGUACCGGUACCGGGAGCUGUGGGUCAGGACGGAGGACUAACACCUGUACAGAGGAGCUACAGCUGGACCAGUUUACGGCACGUCGUGACGCGGAGGAAACACGUGCCGAUGGAGGCGGAGCUACGGCCUCAGGAGGAACAGAGCCCCGCCCCCGUCGUCGGGCUGAGUCUCUGUGACUCCGCCCCCCUCCUGUGGCGGCUCCAGGACCUGAAGGCCAUGAGGUCCGACGGCCUGGUGGGGGCGCUGCUCGGGUCGCUGCCCAGAACCCCCCGGCAGAACGUCCGACUGGGCCGGCCGCUGCUGCUGCUGCCGGAGGAGGAGAGGCUGCUGGGAGAACGGCGUGGCGCCGCCGCUCUGCCCGCCCAGAACCAGCAGGAAGCGGCGGGCGGGGAGCUGCAGCAGCGUUAUGCGGAGGAGCAGCAGAGGAGCUACGAGGAGCAGAGCGUUUUCGCUCUGGAGGACAGAAAGUCGGCGUUGGUUCGAGCCAUGACAUCAUCAGGUUCUGAUCCAGGCUCAGAUGAGGCCCUGCAGCGCCGCCUGCUGGACCUGGAGCAGAACUUCAGCUUUCCGCGCUCCGCACUGGCGGUGCAGCUGAGCACGGCGAGGGCGGGGCUUAGCCACUGUCCAGAAGCCCGUGCCUUCCUGGAGGCCGACUGGCCAAUCAGAGCGCAGCGCUCCCCCCGCGGUGAGGCCAGGUUCCAGGUGUUCAGGGACCUGCGGGGGCGGGGCUUCUUCCUGACCUCUGCAGGGAAGUUCGGCGGAGACUUCCUGGUGUAUCCAGGUGACCCGCUGCGUUUCCACGCCCACUUCAUCGCCGUCUGCCUGGCGCUGGACGAGUCCGUCUGCCUGCUGGACGUCCUCUGUGUGGCCCGGCUCGGCUCCAACGUCAAGAAGACGGUUCUGCUGUGUUCGCCGGCGCCGGACGGCUCGGUCCGCUACACCUCGCUGCAGUGGAGCGGGAUGGUGUGAGAUCCUUACCGUACCUGAUUCAGUCACCUGGUAGAGGAAACGCUGUCCUGAAUACGGAGACCCGACCCGACCCGUUUGGUACCGCUCAGUGGAUCCAGACUGAUCCACUCUUACUGAGAACAUUUUACUGAGGUUUACUGUUCAUUUGGAGAUUAAUGGACUCUUUAAAUCCGACAACGUUUGAAGAAAAUGUUGAAGUUGAAAACAAAGAUAAAAUAAACAGGUAAACUGUGUAAGUCGGUUCUUAAAGGUGCAGUACGUCAUUUUAUAUAUACAAAAAAACUGUCAACAUGUGACUAAAGUUUAGACAGAUAAUCUGAAACAAUAAAUCUGCACCUUCUCCCAGUGCUAACUAGAAAAAAACAACUACAGCCAGGAGGCGGGGCUUAGCGCUGUUAAUCACCUCCUUAGUUUGCGUUUUGCUACAUUGCAGCUAGCAAUGCAUGUUGUGUAUGCUAAGGCUCGUUAGCAUACACAGAUCAAACAGUUUUUCUGUUCAGAUUAAAGCAUCAAAAGAUUAAUUUUAAAGAAGUUUUUAUUGAUUUUCAGUUUAAAAUGAUUCGUACAGAUUUUAUAUC